AAGCUGAGGACUAGGCCAAAAAAAUGACCCAACAGGCAGAAGAUUCUAAGGUUGUUGCUGAAAAGAUACCCGAAGAAAAGGUUGAAGAAAGCAAGAAGAAGCAACACCUCGAGGAGAAACAACUGGAUGACAAGAAACAGAUGCAAACUGAGAAGGAUGCCGAAAAGAUGGUCCAGAAGGCAGAAGAAUCUGAGGUUGUUGCUGAAAAAAUAUCUGACGAACAGGUAGAAGAAAGCAAGAAGGCCGAUGUCAAGGAUUCCGAGGAUAAGGCACAGAAAGCAAAGUCUUUGGAGAAGCAACACCUCGAGGAGAAACAACUGGAUGACAAGAAACAGAUGCAAACUGAGAAGGAUGCCGAAAAGAUGGUCCAGAAGGCAGAAGAAUCUGAGGUUGUUGCUGAAAAAAUAUCUGACGAACAGGUAGAAAAAAGCAAGAAGGCCGAUGUCAAGGAUUCCGAGGCUAAGGCACAGAAAGCAAAGUCUUUGGAGAAGCAACAACUCGAGGAGAAACAACUAGAUGACAAGAAACAGAAGCAAACUGAGAAGGAUGCCGAAAAGAUGGUCCGGAAGGCAGAAGAAUCUGAGGUUGUUGCUGAAAAAAUAUCUGACGAACAGGUAGAAAAAAUCAAGAAGGCCCCUGUCAAGGAUUCCGAGGCUAAGGCACAGAAAGCAAAGGCUCUGGAGAAGCAACAACUCGAGGAGAAACAACUGGAUGACAAGAAACAGAAGCAAACUGAGAAGGAUGCCGAAAAGCUGGUCCAGAAGGCAGAAGAAUCUGAGGUUGUUGCUGAAAAAAUAUCUGACGAACUGGUAGAAGAAAGCAAGAAGGCCGAUGUCAAAGAUGCCGAGGCUAAGGCACAGAAAGCAAAGGUUCUGGAGAAGCAAGAACUCGAGGAGAAACAACUGGAUGAGAAGAAACAGAAGCAAACUGAGAAGAAUGCCGAAAAGAUGGUCCAGAAGGCAGAAGAAUCUGAGGUUAUUGCUGAAAAAAUAUCUGAUGAACAGGUAGAAGAAAGCAAGAAGGCCGAUGUCAAGGAUUCCGAGGCUAAGGCACAGAAAGCAAAGUCUUUGGAGAAGCAACAACUCGAGGAGAAACAACUGGAUGACAAGAAACAGAUGCAAACUGAGAAGGAUGCCGAAAAGAUGGUCAAGAAGGCUGAAGAAUCUGAGGUUAUUAAAGAAAAAAUAUCUGAAGAACAUGUAGAGGAAAGCAACAAGGCCGAUGUCAAGGAUUCCGAGGUUAAGGCACAGAAAGCAAGGGCUCUGGAGAAGCAACCACUCGAGGAGAAACAACUGGAAGAGAAGAAACAGAAGCAAACUGAGAAGGAUGUCGAACAGAUGGCCCAGAAGGCAGAAGAAUCUGAGGUUAUUGCUGAAAAAAUAUCUGAAGAACAGGUAGAAGAAAGCAAGAAGGCCGAUGUCAAGGAUUCCGAGUUUAAGGCACAGAAAGCAAAGGCUCUGGAGAAGCAAGAACUCGAGGAGAAACAACUGGAUGAUAAGAAACAGAAGCAAACUGAGAUGGCCCAGAAGGCAGAAGAAUCUAAGGUUGUUGCUGAAAAAAUAUCUGAAGAACAGGUAGAAGAAAGCAAGAAGGCCGAUGUCAAGGAUUCCGAGGCUAAGGCUCAGAAAGCAAGGGCUCUGGAGAAGCAACCACUCGAGAAGAAACAACUGGAUGAGAAGAAACAGAAGCAAACUGAGACGGAUGUCGAAAAGAUGGUCCAGAAGGCAGAAGAAUCUGAGGUUAUUGCUGAAAAAAUAUCUGAAGAACAGGUAGAAAAAAGCAAGAAGGCCGAUGUCAAGGAUUCCGAGGUUAACGCACAGAAAGCAAAGUCUUUGGAGAAGGAAGAUCUCGAGGAUAAACAACUGGAUGAGAAGAAACAGAAGCAAACUGAGAAGGAUGCCGAAAAGAUGGCCCAGAAAGGAGAGGUAUCCGAAGCUCUGACUGAAAAGGUAUCUGACGAACCGAAAGAAGAAAUAAUCAAAACUAUUGUUACGGAUCCGGCAUCCAAGCCUCAAGGGGCAAAGGCUUUGGAAAAACAGUCUGUCUCAGUAAAACAACUGAAUGAGAACAAGCAAAAGCAGGAUGAAAAGGACAAGGCAGAAGAAUCUGAGGUUAUUGCUGAAAAAAUAUCUGAAGAACAGGUAGAAGAAAGCAAGAAGGCCGAUGUCAAGGAUUCCGAGGUUAACGCACAGAAAGCAAAGUCUUUUGAGAAGGAAGAUCUCGAGGCUCAGAAAGCAAGGGCUCUGGAGAAGCAACCACUCGAGAAGAAACAACUGGAUGAGAAGAAACAGAAGCAAACUGAGACGGAUGUCGAAAAGAUGGUCCAGAAGGCAGAAGAAUCUGAGGUUAUUGCUGAAAAAAUAUCUGAAGAACAGGUAGAAGAAAGCAAGAAGGCCGAUGUCAAGGAUUCCGCACAGAAAGCAAAGUCUUUGGAGAAGGAAGAUCUCGAGGAUAAACAACUGGAUGAGAAGAAACAGAAGCAAACUGAGAAGGAUGCCGAAAAGAUGGCCCAGAAAGGAGAGGUAUCCGAAGCUCUGACUGAAAAGGUAUCUGAAGAACCGAAAGAAGAAAUAAUCAAAACUAUUGUUACGGAUCCGGCAUCCAAGCCUCAAGGGGCAAAGGCUUUGGAAAAACAGUCUGUCUCAGUAAAACAACUGAAUGAGAACAAGCAAAAGCAGGAUGAAAAGGACGUAGAAAAAGCCAAGAAAGCAGACGUUUCUGAAGAACCCCAAGAACAAUCGGUUUUGGAGAGGCAAUUUAACGAGGAACAAGAAGUGGUUGAAAAAAGGCUAAAGCAGGUUGAGACAGAAGCUGAUAAGAAGGCCCAAAAUCUUAUAGACGAGAGCAACAUGUUAACCAAACCAUCCCUGUUGGUGCCGAAACUAUUUAAUCUGGAAAGGAUUUCUGAGAAAAUUCAGUCUACGCAACAUUAG